UAACGUCAGUGAUAUCCUGGUCCGCUUGCAGCUUCCUAUUAGCUGCGCGCAUGUUAGCAGAUCUCAAUCAAGAGCACUUUGCAAACAUGUAUGUGUGCUGGAGAGUUAUGGAGGUGAUCAGUGAUUAUAAAUCAGAUUACGAGAUUGCGGCCAAGAUAGCGGACGCGCACGGAAACGCGCAGCUCUUAUAAAUUCUUCUUUAAAUGGAGGAUCAAGCAGGCUACAUCCUGCAGCUUAGACGUAACUAACGCUUCAUAUCUUUACAUGGUGAGGUCAUUGCGACGUCUAAUUUUAUUGAAGCAUGUUUCAGUAAUGCUAAAACUGUUCAGUGAGGGGGAGAAAGGGAAAUAAGCUAUUUGCAUUCAGGCACGUACUCCCAGGGUACACGCCCACUCCCUUUCCUGCACUGACUGACUGUCUUGACAGAUUUGCAACAACGAAACAGCUGUUCUUUCAAUUUCGCAGCACACUAUCAUGCAAUUUUAGGUGAGCAGGACACCACUUUUUGCAGAACAUGGAUAAAGGGUGGUUCAUUGGACGUGAAAGGAUUCCCCCAUCAAAAUCUGAACAGCAGAUGCCCAGCUCUUGCAGCGGCAUCUCAAGGCCCUGCAUGACUAUCAACUUGACUGAAAUGCUUCGAGCUGACAAACCCAAUGCAGUAAAAAAGCCCGUUCCAAUCAGGCCCCCAAGCCCCAGAGUCUCUGUGAUAAGGGACCAAGAGAGCAACCGCAGUCUCUCCUGUGAACCUGCGCCUAAACCCAUCAUCCGCCAACGCUCACGCUCUCUGCCUUCCGCCACGGAGAAGAAGAAACAAUGCAGAAAUGUUGGUGUACGGUUUGUUGACUCUUUGGGGCUUGACCUGGAAAACAUCAGGCUUUUCAAAUCUGGUGAGGAUCCAUUUGUACCACAUCACGUGACAUUUAGAUUGUUGAUGGGUGCAGAGUUGGCAGAUGGACAGCAUCUGGAAAUUUCCUUGCCAUACAUGAAGCCAUUUUUUUCCCAGCAACCUGGCGACCAGCCAGGGUUCCUUCAUCGACUCCAUGAGCAGAAAGUGUGUCUGGAGAGGGUUUUGUGUUUUGAACUGGGUGUCAUCGGAAUCACCCAGGUCGUCAAUUUGGACUUUCAGAAAGAUGUCACAGCUCGCUAUUCAUUUACGGAGUGGAAGAGCUGCACAGAAACUAAGGCCUCAUGGGUGUCCACCAUCACUAAGACCUGGGAAGGAGGAGGGGGACAAUUCACUUGUGAUACAUUUCGUUUUCACCUGCCUGUUCCUCCUUUCUUGCAGCCAGGAGCAGUGUUAGAGUUUGCCAUUCAGUACAAAGUCUGUGGGGCUGAAUACUGGGACAACAAUGGUGGUGAGAAUUAUAAGUUAGUUUGCCAUAACUACAAGCUCACUGUGCCCAAAGAGUGCGAGGAUAGCAUGGUGCACUUCAUUUAGGAUGCUAACUAAAAGUAGAGGAAUCCUAUUAGAAGCACUUUAUGACUGUUGUCAGCAAGACAUAUUAAAUAUGUAUGACUGCAUUGUCACAUAAUGUUCAUUAUGUUAGACUAAUGCUAACAUAGGCUUUCUUUUUAAGCAAGUUAGAUUCUACAUUAACUGUUAAUAGAAUCAGGCAGAGUGAGAUUGACAAACACUAGUGCACUUACACCUGACGCCAACUUUAGUGCCACUCUUUCACUUUUGUGAUUUCUUUUUAAAGUGACACUGUAUUAUUAAAUUUUCCAUGCACUUUAAUGUGGAGACAUCCAGUGGAGAUGACACCCACUGGCUGUAACAAAAAUAUUCAGUGAAACUGAAAUAAAUGCACUUCACCUUGCUGUUUUCUUCCAGCUGGGUAUUUGACAUAGAAAAAUACUUUUAUACAAUGCAGGAAUUUGGUCUGCUGAACCAUUUUACUCUGUAUUCAGAGUUUACUUUUGAGUCAAGUGUUGCCAAACCAAAUGCCCAAAUCACGCAGUAGAUACAAUUUCGAAUAUUAUUUAAUGAUUGAAAGAAAUGAAUGCUUAUUUUGUUUAACAAUAAAUCACAAUUACACAUAA